AUGGUUCAGUUCUCAGAGGAAACCAAGGAGCGCAUCUCCAAGGUCAUUGAAGUUUCCAGAAUCGCCGUUCACUAUGGCUAUCUUCCUUUCAUAGUCUAUCUCGGUGAGCAAUCCAACGAUUCUACCAUACCCUGGUAUAUCAUCAACCCGAUGGCUAACUCUUCGCCAGGCUACACAUACAGCGAACCCAAGCCCACACUUUUCAAGUACUUCCCCUCGGCGGCCGAUCCUACAUUUGCGUCUACAUGCACUAACUGA